AUGUUCUUUAGAACAAUAGAUCGCAGCACACAAAUAAAUACUGCAGGCUUCUUAUGGUGCUCUUUAGGUGUGUUUACAAACACCAAAACAAUGUUCAUAGAAAGCAUGAACCAGCCAAUAACCAAUUGGCUCAACCUUAACUAUGUUGCAUGCAAGGACAAUUCGAUCCCACGGUGCGUGAUAUACCAGCACUACUGCGAUGACUUCAAAAAAAAAGGGAUAGAGCCUCUAAAUACCGCAAUGUUUGGAAAAGUGAUCAAAAUGUGUUUUCCCUUUAUAAGAAGCCGGCGCCUGGGAAACAGGGGAAACUCAAAGUACCACUACUUUGGCGUCGCCGUCAAGGGUGUGGCUGUCGCUAACCUGGAAAAAGAAACUCUUUCGGAGAAAAUAUUCAUACAGCGCUCUGCGGAAAUGCACAAAGCAGUGCUCGAGUACUUUUUGGAGAACAACUUUAUGAAAGGCUACCAGGAGAUGAAGGCUUUCUGGGUGGAAAACAUCAGCACGUUUUCCACAAGCAGGCACAUUGAGAGAAUCUGCAACCUCAUCGAGCGGGAGUUUUUUGGCAUGCUUCUGAGCAAGGCGAUUUCGACAGACUCGAUUCUCGACCUUAACCGAGAGGUGAGCGCAGAGAACGUUCUAUUUAUGAAGACCACUGCAAAGACCAUCAUACUCAUGUGCCGCCAGGUGUUUCCCCUUAUAAACAGCAGAGGCAUGCUUGUGCGCAUAGACUGCUACAAGCAGUAUGCGGCCGUGCUGAACAGCGUAGGGAACAUUCAGAAGUAUGUAAGCAUGCUGCAGGCCAGACACUCUACGCGCGCCGACCUUAAGGAGUGCAAAAACUUCUUCACGGCAGGCCUCUGCAUUAUCCACGAGAGCAUUUCCCUGGACAAAGGCACCCUAAUACACGCGUGCGCCACAAGCCUGGUCUCUCUCUUCAUUGCCUCUCUCUCGUUCCAGGAGUUCCUGUCCGACGUGGACAGCCACAUAACAAGCCUUCUGUACAGAAAGGAGAAGGUUUCGCAGGACUCGAUUUCUUUGUACUUUUCCGGGCUCAUCCAGGAAUGCAUUGCGUCUGGGCUGGAGCACGCCGACUUUAUAUCUGCGCUGCUCUGCUUUUUUUCAGAGCACUUUGCCCUGGUCAACAGCAGCUUGUGCGAGCUGUCUUUGAAGAAAAAAGAGCACGCCCCCUCUUCCAUAGUUUCGGAAAUCACAACAGAAGAAACUUCUUUUGUCUCACAAAUCAUAAAAUAA